CUUUACAGCGCUUACACUGCUGCGUUUCUGUCUUCAGUAGAGUCCGAUCGGACCACCAUGACUCUGCAAUAUCUCUCACUACCUGCAUGCUCUCUGGCGGUGUUUUUGUCAUGUAUGAUCGGACGAACCACCGCAUCCACAGGCUACCAGAAACCAAGCUUUUUUGAUUUUAACUCCUGGUGGUAUCACCAGCCCCGCGGCCCUCAGAUAUUCUCCUGCCUCACCUACUUGGAGAGGUACGUUCGUGUGGAUUGUGAGUUCCCAAAAAGUGACAAGAUCCCUGGACCUUUUUGCGAGUUCAAACAGGACGGACGUCUGAUGGGCACCACGAAUCCCAACAAUCCAGUGCAUCUCAUCCCACCCGUAGAGACCAGACGUCGUACCAACGUCACACUGGUGUCGCCCAACGUUUGCCGCCUCACCUGGAUGCCUAUGUCAGAUGAUCGGGCAUACACUUACACUUGCAGGGUGUAUCAGGGAAGCACCUGGAAAGAGAAUAGCAUGUCCUUUACCCAAAGAUAUCUGCUAGUUUGCUCCGCUUUGAAUGUUGUAGCUCAAGCUACAUUUUGGAUUGUUUCCCUUACUAUCUCACUUCCUGUCUCUAUGGGGCUUCUGUGAGCGUGAUCAGCAGUGAUUCUUCAAUAUCGAUGUCCUCAAGCAUCAUGGUGUCCUCAUGUGGUUCUAUUGAUAAUCACAUUCAAAACCGAUGACAACACACUAGUUUAAUAGUCUCAACUAUAUGUUACUUUCGUAUUACCACCCUUUUUUUUGUUGCUUUACUUUAUAACCAACUACUGUGAAAGAAUCUCACUUGUUCUGUUUUUUGUUUAGAUAGACAAUGACAUCAUUUUAUUCUGAAAUAUCAUUAGUCCAUUAUGAACAUACACAAGUGCAAGCUUUCCUUACCUAAGACUUCCAUAUUAUGUGUGAUAUUAUACUGUACUACUAUAUUGUAUUCACAUUGGGCUUCAUUUCUCAAUCAUUUAUUAGAAUUGUGUGUAAAUGAUUUCAUAGGCCUAACUGAACUUAGACUUUUUAUCUUUGUAACACAGAUUUUCUAGGUACUCAAAUAUAGAUGCUGGCAAAUGCCAAUCACUCAUGAAUUACAAAUCACAUUCACAGUAGAACUGAUUAAAAUUUUCGCUGCUUUCUCACUACGGGUUGUGGCACAGAUCCUAGUACACUUGACCCCAAAGUUCGGUUCAUUUCUCUAACGGGAACAUUUCUUACAGUGCUGGGGCAACUUGAAAAGGUGUACUCAGUUAUGGCUCGAAUCAAAAAUGAAAGCCAACUGUGCCUAAAAAUGGAAGUGGAUGACUGUUUAAAAGCAUGUCAUCAUCGCUGCUGUGUGUCUCCUCCAAGUACCUGGAAUACACAGGCUGGUGAAAUAAUUGCACCUGCCAAUUUUACCAAAAUAUCUAUAAUACCUGGCUUAGGGUAAAUGUACACCGCCUAUUCUAUGUACUCGUUUUAUGUUUAUUGCUGACUCACAAACCACUUAGGUGCAUACUGCCAUGUACAUUAUCUGAGAGAACAAAUACACAAACGCAUUUGAGAAAAGAACAGUAAUAAUAAUAAUAAUAAAAAUAAAAAUAAUGUGGGUAAUAAUAAAGAGAAAAAGGGAAGCAGUUGUACCGGGGCAUGGUAUGGAUCAGUCAUGCCCAGUGUUAAAGCAGCCUUAGUGGCAGCUGCAAAACUCAGAAUAAGGCAAAGCUGCCAAAGGUGAAAAUAACAAAACAAUCACUGAAUAGUUAACGAGCACACCUAUACUGUAUGUGCUGUGUGCUAAACCUUCCAGUUCCAGAGGCAACUGAACCAUUGCAGUGAGUCGUCUACCACGGGCACGCCGACUCCUCUAUUUGUUAUAUGGUGCCAUUUCUUUUAUCUUAAUUAAAAAGUUAGUCAUCACUCGCGCUUUCUGUAGCUGCUUUUUUACAGGCUCCUGAUGAAUCCAGAGCAAGAAAGCUGAGCGAGAUGCAGUAAUAGACACCAAAUGGUACCUUCAGUCCUUCUCCAAUAAGUGGUCUUGUUUGACAUAUUUUAGGAAUUUUAAUGUAUUUAUGUUUUUAUUUUGUUUUCUUCAAGUCAAUAAUAUGGAAUAUGUUUCACAAAUAUUUGACACCAUCCAAGUCUAUAACUGCAGUAUCUUUUGACCACUUAUAUGAUUUUACGCUGAUUAGUCAAGGUUCAUAUUAACUAGUCUCCUUUGAAGUAUAAAUGUACACAAAAUCCGGCGCUCUUGUAGUAUAUAAUUUGUUUUUAUGAACAAACAGGACUUUUAUAAAUACCACAUAUUUUUUUGUAAACGCUUCUGUGAAUGAUUUAUAAAUUUACAUUCAUAUCUAGGUUGAUAAAUGAUGCCCAUUAUGUGUACAAUAUGUACGGUAUGUUGUGCUUUUCCUUGUCAAACCACACACAGUUAACACUAAUUCUAGAAUUCAUUUACAUUUCACUUUAGUGUCAUAUUUCCAAAGAAUUAUAAUACACUCCUGUUAUGUGUUCUUGCAUUCUUUCCGGAAUCUAAUUUUUGAUAUAUUAAUAAUCAGUAAAAACGCCAGAGAAAGGUGCUUUUAAAUGUUAAUGUUAGCUAUUGCUUGCACUGAUCCUCACAAAUUGUUCAUAGCACCAUGCAUUUCAAUGUUUCUUGAUGCAAUUCAUGCUAAUGCUAAUUGUCUACCAGCUUUUGCCUUAGCCCUUAAUGUAGAGCGCAAAACUGUGCUUUCAUCAUUAGAUAUUAAUACAUGUAAUUAUUAAAUAUUAAUAUAUCAUACGGAAUGCAAUAAUUUAUUAAUAUAUGUAUCUAUAUGAGACGUGUUCCAUUAUGCACUCAUGGACAUUGAACUGCUUUUGCACUUUUUUUUUGCACAUGCUUUUUUUGGCACAUUCAGGUCACUAUGGAAAUUGGUGCAUAAUGUUCUAGGUUAGGAUAGAAAUAGAGGUAAAUGCAAGACAGUUACAUGUAAGCAAAUGCUUGAAACUGUUCACAGAAUCCAUUUAGUCAAAUUUGGUAUGAUGUUGUGACCUAAAAUGGCUAAGAAUUUCUGCACGACCCAUAACUGUCUCAGGAUUCUUUAUUAUAACUAGGAACUAUUUUGUGCAAUGCUUAUACUUUGCUUAUAUUUUCCUAUCAAAACUAGGAACUACCUGUAUUAUGUGCAAUGCUUACGCAAUAUUCUGUUGGUUUUGCAUCUUUUGCACUAAAUCAAAUGUCUGCCUUUAUAAAAACACCACAUUUAAUGUACAUUAUAUGUUGCACUUCUUUCCCUUCCUCUCCUUCUCAAAGUCUUGGAAUGUAUUGGAAUGCAGUAAGAAAUAAAGGAACUGUAGGCUA